GAAUCAAAGUCCCAGUCUGAUUCUUUUGAAGUCGAAUCAUCGGCAGUCCCUCGCGGAGUUUACUGCUCGUCUGUUGCAAACCUCUCUGCUUUGCUUAGCGCCUAUGAAAGACUUUAUCUAUGAAGGAUACGAGUACUGAGAGGCAAUCGAAUUUUCUAUCAAAAGCACUUUUCUAGCCCUCGUCCCCACCCCACCACACCCACUCCUACCAUGUUAGACCAAACAACCGAGGGAUGCUUAAUCAAAGACCCCGAGAUAUCAGAACCUCGGGGUGGCGACGAAGCGCAUACAUAUGUAAUCCCAGAUAAGCUACCGGUACAGUAUCUCACCCCCCAGAUGCGCACACCAACUUAACCUACGAGUAACAAUCAUCCUCCCCAAUCUCUCCCUCCCCGCCCCUCCCCCUUUCCCCCGCGCAAUUAACUUAUAAGCCUCAACCCACAAGUCCAUGCUUACCUCUAGCAUAGGUCGCCGCAUAGGGGCUGCUCUAUCCACGGCAAUACCACGCAUCUCCGUGGCCAUACCGCGCUCAGAAUCAGCAAGGGUGACCCUCCAAGAUCUUCCAAAAUCAAAUGUUUUCACCACAAAGCUCCCACGUAACAUCCCCCCCUCCACUCUCCAAUCACAAAAUUAACCUUCCUCCAGCCGACCCGCAAUUCCCCACCCCUGAGUCCUCCGCGGGAGCAACCCGCUCACAACUCGGUCCACGCAUGGUAAAAGCCGCGCUAUACACAUAUGUUCGUCCCGACCCAGUGGAAGAUAAUCCCGAGCUUCUGGCUGUAUCACCGUUGGCACUCCGUUCCAUCGGCCUCGCUCGUACGGAGCCCUCAAGACCGGAAUUUCUCAAAUUAGUCUCAGGGAAUGGCGGCUUCGAAGACAAAUCGUACCCGUGGGCGCAAUGUUACGGCGGCUGGCAAUUCGGGCAGUGGGCUGGUCAGUUAGGUGACGGCCGAGCAAUCUCGCUCUUUGAGGCUACGAAUCCAGAAACCAAAAAUCGAUACGAACUUCAGCUCAAAGGAGCAGGGCAAACACCGUAUUCCAGGUUCGCUGACGGGAAGGCAGUGUUGAGGAGCAGUAUCAGAGAGUUUGUUGUGUCGGAGUACCUACAUUCCAUCGGCAUUCCGAGCACACGGGCGCUAAGUUUGACGCUUUUGCCUAGUAAUCAGGCUGUUCGGGAGAAGAUCGAAACUUGUGCAAUUGUAUGCCGUUUCGCUGAGAGUUGGAUUCGCAUUGGGACUUUUGACCUUCUGAGAGCAAGGGGAGAUAGAAAGAAUUUGAGGCUUCUAUCGGACUAUGUCCGGGAGGAGGUUCUAGAAAUGAAGGAGAAGCCGCAGGUAGUUGGUGAGGACAGGUCGGAUGAGGUGUAUGACGCAAGACCCAGAAAUAGAUACGAGGAUAUGUACAGGGAGAUUGUCCAGAGAAAUGCCUCGACAGUAGCUAAAUGGCAGGCAUACGGCUUUAUGAAUGGUGUUUUAAACACCGACAAUACGAGCGUCAUUGGAUUAAGUCUUGACUUUGGACCGUUCUCUUUCAUGGAUGUAUGGCAUGUAUCACUUCCAAAGCCUCUCCCACGAAUACUAAGGAUAUAGACCUUCAAUCCCAAAUUCACACCAAACCACGACGACCACACGCUCCGCUACUGCUACAAAAAUCAGCCAACAGUAAUCUGGUGGAACCUCGUCCGCCUAGCAGAGGACCUUGCCGAGCUCUUCGCUGCAACCCCCGAAAUGCUCGACUCAGAAACCUUCAUAAACGAAGGCCUCACCUCCGAAGCAGACGCUGAAGCUUUAGUCAAACGUGCGGAGAAGAUCAUCGAGGAGGUCGGUGAAGAAUACAAAACUAUUUUCUUGACAGAAUACAAACAACUCAUGGCAGCGCGCCUUGGAUUUACCGGGUUUCGGGAGACGGAUAUGGAUGAUGUCUACUCCCCACUGCUGGAUAUCCUUGAAGAUGCACAGGUCGACUUUGGUCACUUCUUUAGACGCCUUUCCGAGUUGCCAAUUUUUGAACUCAUGGAGAAGGAUAAGGAGGUGCAAUUGGCAGCGGCGGAAGAGUUUAUACCGAAGGCUGUGCUCACGACUGUGCAGAAGGGCCCGGAGAAAAUACUCGAUUGGUUGAAGCUCUACGCGGAACGGCUAGAGGAGAAGGAGGAUGCAAAGAGAAUGGAGAGGAUGAAAAAAAUUAACCCAAAGUUUAUUCCGAAGAAUUGGGUUCUCGAAGAGAUCAUUCAUAGAGUAGACCAGAAAGGUGAGAGGGAUGUAUUGGGGGAUGUGAUCAAGCUAGUCGAGAAUCCAUUCGCCGAUCGGUGGGACGGGGUGAAGGACGCGGAGAGGUGGUGUGGGGAUGUGCCGAGGCUGGAGGUUGGUAUGCAGUGCAGUUGCUCCAGCUGAUAGGCUUACGCCGUCCUCGGUGGCUUUGGGAUGCCGCCGGUGUGGCCUUGUUGUCUUAAUCUGUAGUCUUUUGUAGCAUCAUUAGAGCGGAUGAUGCGCACUACGAGCUAUCAUACUCUAUUGGCACCAACCCUAGCACUAUUGAUCUUGUGCUUAAUAUCUGCUAUGAUACUGCAUGUUUGGAAGGGCACAUUGCUCCUAAAACCCGAAUCUUUGCUAGGGCUCAAACCACUUUCCCCCGGAGUACAAGGGAGGACAGGACCUGCUUCAAGGCAGCAGCCCUCGAAAUAGCUGUGAUUCGCAUCAUGGUAACUGGGAGGCCGCAUGAGAGAUAG